GGAAAUCGAAAAUGAUCUAUGGUCGAACGGAUAUUUGUAAAUAAUUUCUACCUCACAACUAUGCACAAUGUACAUGUUUCAUAAUAAAACUGUUUAUACACAAUAAAUUGAUAGUUCUUUUUAUUUAAUCUGCAACACUGUAUAAUUCAUAUGCGAUCAUAACCAAAAAUCAAAUAACUGCAAUUACAUCGUUCGUGUUACCCGUGUGUUUUAUUGAAUGACUAAUCUGUCCACGUGCCAAUGGAUGCCGACUGCAAAAAUUCUGUUAAUCGUCUUUUAGAAUUAAAUAAUUAAAAGAAAAAUGGUAAUUGCAAUUGGAUUCGAAGGUAGUGCAAAUAAAUUGGGUGUUGGAGUUGUUCAAGAUCAAAAUGUUUUGUCAAAUGUACGGCAUACGUAUAUUACUCCACCAGGCGAAGGGUUUUUACCUCGUGAAACUGCGCAACACCACAGAGAACAUAUUCUUGCUGUCUUACAAAAGGCAUUAGAUGAUGCUAAAAUAACAUUAAAAGAUGUGGAUGUCAUAUGCUAUACAAAAGGACCAGGAAUGGGAGCACCAUUAACAGUUGCUGCAUUAGUGGCAAGAACAGUUGCUCAAUUAUAUAAUAAACCGAUUGUUGCAGUCAAUCAUUGUAUCGGUCAUAUUGAAAUGGGGAGAUUGAUUACAGGAAGUAUAAAUCCCACUGUUUUAUAUGUUUCUGGUGGAAAUACACAGGUCAUUGCGUAUUCUCAGCAGAAAUAUCGUAUAUUUGGUGAAACAAUAGAUAUUGCUGUUGGAAAUUGUCUAGAUCGUUUUGCAAGAUUAUUAAAGCUGUCAAAUGAUCCUAGUCCUGGUUAUAAUAUAGAACAAUUAGCAAAAAAAGGGAAUAAAUUAGCUCCAUUACCUUAUGUAGUAAAAGGUAUGGAUGUAUCUUUUUCGGGAAUUUUAAGUUACAUAGAGGAACAUCUUUCUUCUUGGCUUAACUCCAAAGAAUUUACUCCAGAAGAUUUAUGUUUUUCUUUACAAGAAACAGUAUUUGCCAUGCUUGUUGAAAUUACAGAGCGAGCAAUGGCCCAUGUGAAUUCAUCUGAGGUGUUAAUUGUUGGUGGUGUAGGGUGUAAUGAAAGAUUACAGGAUAUGAUGGGAAUUAUGUGUAAAGAAAGAAAUGCAAUACUUUAUGCUACAGAUGAAAGAUUUUGUAUAGAUAAUGGUGUAAUGAUCGCUGUAGCUGGAUUACUUCAAUAUAAAAGUAGUGGACAUACACCAUGGAUAGAAACAACUUGUAUACAAAGAUAUCGGACAGAUGAUGUACAUAUUUUUUGGAGAGAAUAAAUCUUGUGUAAAAUCAUUUGUUAUAAUAUUUCUUAAAUAAUAAACGUUUUGAUAUAUAGUU